AUGGCCACUCGUGAAGUUUUAAAGACCCCCAUUGCUACUCACCAAAUAGCUCUGGGUAUCAAGAGCUGUGACUUCCAGACAGUAAGAAACAAUGAGGAGCACCACACCAAGGCCAUCAGCUCCCAGUGCCUAAUUGUAAGGAGAGGGCAGCCCUUCACCCUCAUCCUGCAUUUCCAUGCCCCAAUCCACACAUUUCUGCCUGUCCUGAAGAAGGUGACCCUUGUUGCACAAACUGGAGAGCAGCCUUCCAAGGACAAUAGGACUAAAGUCACAUUCCCCAUCUCCAGUCUGGGCGAUCAAAAGUGGUGGAGUGCAAUGGUAAAGGAGAGAGAUGCCCAGUCCUGGACCAUUGCUGUGACGACGCCCGCAGAUGCCAUUAUUGGCUAUUACUCACUCCUGCUGCAGGUCUCUGGCAAGAAGAAACACCCACUGGGCCAGUUCAUACUGCUCUUUAAUCCCUGGAAUAAAGACGAUCCCGUGUUCCUGGAGAAUGAGGCUCUACGCGAGGAAUACUUGUUGAACCAGAAUGGCCUCAUCUACUUAGGCACGUCUGACUGCAUCCAGACAAAGUCCUGGGACUUUGGCCAGUUCGAGAGACAUGUCAUCGACCUUAGCCUGGGCUUGCUGAGCAGAAACAAGCAGGUGAAAGAGUGGAGCAACCCGAUGCAUGUUGCCCGGGUAUUGGGCGACUUGCUGCAUGCUUUCAAGGAGAAGUGUGUCCUGCCUAUUCCACAGACCCAGCUCACUCAGGAAGAGGCCUUACUGACCAAGCUGUGGGGCAGCGUGCCCAUCCUCCGACAGUGGCUCACAGGUCAAGGGCGGCCUGUGUAUGACAAUCAGGCCUGGGUAUUGGCCGCUGUAGCAUGCACAGUGCUGCGCUGCCUGGGAAUCCCUGCUCGAGUAGUCACCACCUUCAACUCAGCCCAGGGCACCGGUGGGGAACUGCUUGUAGAGGAGUACUACAGUGAAGAAGGACUUCAGAAUGGAGAAGACAAGAGAGGCAGAAUCUGGAUCUUCCAGACCUCCACAGAAUGCUGGAUGACUCGUCCUGAUUUGCCCCAAUAUUAUGGUGGAUGGCAGAUUCUGUACUCAAGUCUUCCUAAAGGAGGUGAAGUCCUGGAUGCCUGUGAGCUGGUUCCAGUCAGAGCUGUCAAGGAGGGGAUGCUGGAGCUGACCCCUGCAGUGGCAGACCUUUUUGCCUCAGUAAAUGCCAAGUGUGUGGUAUGGAAGUGCUGUGAGGAUGGGACACUGGAGCUGACCGACUCCAACACCAAGUAUGUAGGCAACAAUAUCAGCACCAAGGGUGUGGGCAAUGACCGCUGUGAGGACAUCACUCAGAACUACAAGUAUCCUGAAGGAUCUCUUCAAGAAAACGAGGUGCUGGAGAGAGUCCAAAAAGACACUGAUUCUCUCAGUCUUAACACUGUGGACCCUUUGUACCUGUUUUUGGAAGCACCUAGCUACCUGCCCCUGAGAGGAGAUGCCAAACUCUCUGUGACCCUGGUUAACCCCAGCAGCAAGGAGAAGGCAGUGCAGCUGACAGUUGGAGUCCAGGCAGUAUACUACAAUGGCGUCCUUGCGGCCGAGCUCUGGAGAAAAAAGCUGCCUCUCACUGUCAAUGUGAAUCUGGAAGUUACGGCAACCAUCUUGCUAUCCUUCUCCAACUUUGAACGAAACCCACCUAAGGACACCUACCUCAGACUGACUGCCAUAGCAACGCAUUCCGAGUCCAGCCUCAGCUGCUUUGCUCAGCAAGACAUCGCCAUUUGCGGUCUAUACCUCACCAUUGAGAUGCCAGAGACAGCAGAGCAAUACAAACCUCUUAAGGCCUUAGUCAGCAUCCAUAACACCCUAGAUGCUCCCUUGAAGGAAUGUUUGAUCACCAUCUUUGGAAAGGGGCUCAUUCACAGAGAGAGGACCUAUAGAUUAAGUUCAGUGCAGCCCGGAGACACCCUGUACACCCAGUUCCAGUUAACACCAACACAAGUGGGGCAACAGAGAUUCACGGUGGAAAUGGAUUGUAACAUGUUCCAGAACCUGACCAACUACAAAAAUGUUACUGUUGUAGCUCCUGAACUUACAGCUUAA